AUCCUCUCCACAGCCACCAUCACGAUCACCUCCACCAGUGUCAUCAUUCACAACAGUACCUUCUAUUACAGAGUCUACUGCUACCACCACCACACCUGAAAGUGUAACAACAACUACAACACCUAGCACUCCAGAAUCUUUUGGUUCUUCAGCACCAGUCUCAGCAUCCUCUUCACAACCACCAUCUAGUUCUGGAUCAGGAUCAACUCCACCAGUAUCAUCUUUCACAGCAGUAACCACCUGGUUAACACCUUCUAUGGGUUAUUCUGAAUCAGUAAGCAUCCCAGAAUCUAUUAUUGUCACAUCAUCUGCAAGUAUUAGCUCUUCAGUACCGGAUUUCACAACUUCUAUUCUCACUACUCCAAUCUCAGUCUGUAAAGAGUUGGUGGAAUUAACCACAAGUGGGUUGAUCAAACCAUUCAUUGGCACCUACAACAUUCACCCUGAAGUUACUGGGGGAAAUUUUGAUUUCUCUGUACCAAGUGGUAUUGGUGUUGUCAGUAUCCAAGUACAACUUCCUUUAGGGGGUACCUUGAUGUCACUGAACCUGAUAGGUACUUACAUAUCUUACCAAGUCUUUACAGUUGACAAAGACGGAGUUCAGUCUACACCUGUCUUGAACACUAUAGGCAAAGAUGUAUUCAAUGGACAAAAUCAUUUUAAUGCUUAUGUAGGAAACCAAAACUAUUUAAUGAUUACCAUUGCCGGACCAAAUGAAGGAUUUAGUGUCAAUAUAACUGAAUUUAAUAUCUGUCCCCCAGAUAUUGAUUUCUGCUAUUUGGGAACUGAAGAAAUUUUGGAUGCACUAUCAUUUUUACCAUUGAAUUACACCCUUGGUUUAACAGAUCAAAAUGUCACCAUUUAUUAUGGCUAUAAUGGAGAUUAUAUUGAACAAGGUGUUGUUGUAACAGGAACCUGUUAUUCUUGCAUUUGUUCAAACCGAAAAUUGGUAUGUACUGUAGAAAACUGCACUGAGUGUCCUAAUGCCAUAACAGAAUGCCAAGGAGAUUGCUACAGUGCUUUUGAAGUGAAGAUAUUUUCUGAAGUUGGUGUUCCUGAUCAUUGCCUAAAUAGUUCUAAACCUUGUGUUCCUGAUGAAUGUUCCACUACACAUAUCUGUCCUGAUCCUUGGAGCCCAUGGUCACCAUGCACAACUAACUGCCAACAGUUCCGAACACGUACAUGUGGACCUGAGUGUCAGGACGAAUGCAACAAUUUCAAUUUAACUGAGACCCAGACAUGUGAUCAAUGUGUACAAGUUACUACUUCUCCAAUUUGUGAGGAAACAGAGGAGCUCAAAUGUGUCACAAAUUAUGAUGAAUGCAUCAAAUCUUGUGCUGUGUACAGGAAAAAUUCCACUUGUGAUGCCCUUAAGGAUGAUGAAAGUUGUGUUGAUAAAUGUGAAUGCAAAGAUGGUUACUUCAGAAAUGCUUUUGGUGAAUGUGUGCUCCAAGCAGAAUGCGAGUGCUAUGAAAGCUCACAGAGUUCCACACCAAUACCACCCUCUGUCAACAUCAACAUUUCUAAAUGUGUGAAGUGUGAAUGUUUCUCUGACGGAUACACAUGUACAGAAGUGGAUGAUUGUUGUGAGUUAAAAGAAUGGUCUGAUUGGUCUGAGUGCUCUACUACAUGUGGUGAAGGGAAAAGAACAAGACAGAGACAAAUUUAUGGCAAUGGCUGCCCAGAUGUUGAAGCAAAGACUGAAACACAAGAAUGCCAACUCUCAGAGUGUCCUUGUAUUUACAAUGGAGAGGUGUGGGAACCAGGAAAAGUUGUUAGAAACAGAUGUGAAGAAUGUUCGUGCCAUGAUGGGGUUGUCACAUGUAAUAAAUUUGACAAUAUUGGUAAUCAGACCUGGUCUAAUCCUGAAUGUGAUCAAAUAUGUUUCUGUAAUGAGAACAACACUGAAGAAUGUAAACACAGUGAUAAGCUUCAAAAAUGUCAAGAAGUUAUAAAACAAUGUAACCAGACUACACAUGUUCUUGAAGAUACUGAGGAUUCAUGCUGCAAGAAGUGUGUGCCUAAGAUGAUCCCAUGCUCCUACAAAGUUGAAACUACGACUAUAUUAAAUGUUACAGUGGAAGGUCAUGGGCUCUGUGUAUCUCCAGAACUAGAAGUUGGUUCAUGUUUUGGAUCAUGUGAUUUUAGCUCGGACAACAUUGUCAAUACACAACUUGUCAAUGACACAUUUGAGCUCUUCACAGAACAAAACUGCUCUUGUUGUAAAGCCAGCAUUGACAAGAAAGUUGUUCCUUUCCUGUGCGAGAAAGAUAAAUUCAUAGUUAACUACAAAGUUAGCUACAUCUCUGGCUGCAGCUGUGAUCGCUGCCAGUAGCUUUCAAAACUGAUGAUCUCACUUUUGGAAAGAAAGUAUAAAACAAUGUACAAUCUAUUUUGAGAAAAAUAAAUAAAUAAUUAUAACAAUAAUA